UCUACAAACCACUUGCAUCACGGUCACCUUGACCAUGAUACAGUCUAUAUGAUACAAACGAGCACGUUUAUCAAUUAUCUUUGUACCUUUUGGCUUCACUGUUCGCCUAGCAUCUUCACGGCCACCAAUUUGAAAGAAAAGGAAAUCCCAUUGCUUCGCUUCAGUUGGAGACGAUCGCCUUGUGCCUGUUCUUCCCGCAACGACGAUCUAUACGAUAACCGUUUUACCUGAAUCUUUUACCACUGUCACUGUCCCUUGCCAGCCAGGCUCAGACACCCAGAACGA